AUGGCUAAUAACGUUCACAUGAGUGGGCUGCUGAGCCGGCACGAUGACGAAGCCACCAGGACGUCCACCUCAGAGGGCCUGGAGGAGGGCGAGGUGGAAGGGGAGACCCUGCUGAUCGUCGAGUCUGAGGACCAGGCGUCGGUGGAUCUGUCGCACGACCAGAGCGGGGACUCUCUGAACAGCGAUGAGGGUGACGCCUCCUGGAUGGAGGAGAUGUCCUACUACUGCGAGAAGUGUCAGAAGUGGAUUCCAGCAAGUCAACUGAGAGAACAGCUCAGCUACCUCAAAGGAGAUAACUUUUUCCGAUUUACGUGCUCUGAUUGCUCAGAAGAUGGGAAGGAGCAAUUUGAGCGGCUGAGAUUAACAUGGCAACAAGUUGUCAUGCUGGCAAUGUACAAUUUGUCUCUGGAAGGAACGGGCCGUCAAGGGUACUUCAGAUGGAAAGAAGAUAUUUGUGCUUUUAUUGAGAAACACUGGACUUUCUUACUAGGGAGCAGGAAAAAGACCUCAACAUGGUGGAGCACAGUCGCUGGCUGUCUCUCUGUGGGGAGCCCCUUGUUCUUCCGCUCAGGGGCACAGGAAUUUGGAGAACCGGGGUGGUGGAAACUGGUUCAUAAUAAACCCCCAACAAUGAAACCUGAAGGAGAAAAGCUGUCUGCGUCUGCACUAAAGGCAAAAGCAGCUUCGAAGCCACCUCUGGAUCCCAUCAUUACGGUGGAAGGUCUCAGGAAGAGGGUGAGCCGCAAUCCGGUCGAGUCCGCCAUGGAGCUGAAGGAGAAGAGGUCUCGCACCCAAGAAGCCAAGGAGAUCCGCAGAGCCCAGAAGGAGGCAGCCAGCUUCCUGGACCGCAGCACUUCCUCCACGCCCGUCAAAUUCACGAGUCGAGGCCGACGUCCCGAUAUUGUCCUUGAGAAAGGAGAGGUGAUUGACUUCUCCUCCUUGAGUUCUUCAGACCGCACUCCCCUGACAAGCCCUUCCCCUUCUCCAUCUCUGGACUUCUCUGCCCCUGGCACUCCAGCCUCGCAUUCAGCUACUCCCAGCCUUCUCUCAGAAGCAGAUCUCAUCCCAGAUGUCAUGCCACCACAGGCUCUGUUUCAUGAUGAUGAGGAGUUGGAAGGAGAUGGAGUCAUAGACCCAGGAAUAGAGUAUGUGCCCCCUCCCAGUGGGACAGCUGGUGCUGGCACUGUGAUAGCAAGUAGAAAAAAAGUGAAGACAGCUGAGCAGAUCAAGCAAGAGGUGGAGAGUGAAGAAGAAAAAACAGAAAGGAUGGAAGGUGACAGUGAAGAUCCUGAAGAGUCCAAUGCAUCGCUGCCCAUGAGGGGGCGAGACAAGAGGAAGCCACAGCUGGAGAAGGAUGUUAAACCCAGAGCUCCCAAGCAUACCUCUGUCAGCAUCUAUGAGGAAAAGCUGCUGCUGAAGAGAUUGGAAGCCUGUCCCAAUGCAAUGAGCAUGACCCCAGAGGCCCGCAGGCUGAGGCGAAAGCUGAUAGUCAGGCAGGCCAAGAGGGAAAGGGGACUGCCACUCUUUGAUUUGGACCAGGUUGUGAAUGCUGCACUGCUCUUGGUUGAUGGGAUUUAUGGAGCCAAAGAAGGAAGUGUUUCCAGGUCCCCAGUAGGGCAAGCAACAUACAGAACUACUAGCCAGGACUUCCGAAUCUUGGACAGAUACCAGACCAUGCUGCCUGCCAUGAAGGGCUAUCGACAGCAGACAACGAAGUUUCUGUACCGACUGGUAGGCUCAGAAGAGCUGCUGGCAGACCACAGCAUCGUCAGUCCUUACACAUCCCGUGUCCUGAAACCUUACAUCAGGCGUGACUAUGAGACAAAGCCCCCAAAACUCAGGCUACUGGCAGAAAUCCGGGCAUAUCCACACAGGAAUGAUCUCAACUGGAAGACUGAGCCAGAAGCACCCAUUGAUUACUGCUACGUUCGCCCUAAUCACAUCCCCACUAUAAACUCCAUGUGCCAUGAAUUCUUCUGGCCUGGAAUUGAUUUGUCAGAAUGCCUGCAGUACCCAGACUUCAGUGUAGUCGUCCUUUACAAAAAAGUCAUCAUUGCUUUUGGCUUUAUGGUGCCAGAUGUGAAAUACAACGAAGCUUACAUCUCUUUCCUGUUAGUCCACCCUGAGUGGAGAAGAGCUGGAAUUGCAACCUUCAUGAUUUAUCAUCUUAUCCAGACCUGCAUGGGCAAAGAUGUAACGCUUCACGUCUCUGCAAGCAACCCAGCUAUGCUGCUCUACCAGAAGUUUGGAUUUAAGAGUGAAGAAUACAUUCUGGAUUUUUAUGAUAAGUAUUAUCCCUUGGACAGCAAGGAGUGCAAGCACGCAUUCUUUCUCAGGCUGCGUCGCUGAUUCUCCUGAGCUGUCUGGGGGUCUGCAGAGAAGCUAAAUCUGUCAAGCAGAGAACUACCAUGGCUUUCAGCAGAGGACAGUGGCUGCUACGUGAGAGCUGCCUUUAUCCUGAGGACUUUGAACAUCAGUAGUGCCAAGUCGUCUGUUGAAACUGCAAUCCAAGAGGAGUGAUUUCUACACUCCAGGGGAGAGGCCUGGAAAUGGCAACUGGGACAUCCUGAAACUACUGGAAAACCAUAAUUCUUUAUGGGGAGUUUUCAUGCUACUGUUCCUUUGGAGAGCGUUACUGAGAAGCAAACAAAAAAAAACCCCACCCUAAACAAAAAAAAUACCUGUCACUUUAGAGGAGCGCCAUGGACUUCAAAUUUGGAAACCUGUCAAAAAAAACAUUUGGUUUUGUUUAUGGGAAAAAGAACAUCUAAGCUUAAAUCA